CUCUCCUUUUUUAUUCACUAGGGUUUUUACUUUAUAUCAUUUCUGUGUCAUUUUCUUUAACACCCAUAGUCCUUCCCACUAGUUUAAAUUUGGUGUUUUUGUUCAGUCCUUACCUUUUCAACUUUCUCCAGUCAGUUGUAUUCUUGUUUCAGCCCCCCUUCUCUCUCUAUAAUCACUUAAUUUUUGUACCUAUCAUCAUGACCGAUCCCUACCCUAAUUAUUUGAAUGGAGGAUGGUUCAAUCUCCGGUACCCUAAUAAUCACUUAUCUUCUUCCACUUAUCCUUACCAUCUUAAUUACUCCACAAGUUUUAACAAUGUUUCUUGGUACCAAUCCUCACCCCCUUCCCCAGCAAUCAGAGAAGCUCUUCCACUACUGAGUUUAAGCCCAACAAAGAGAAGUACAGAUCAAGAACAAGGUUCAUCAUCUUGCAGUACUGCAAUGGAAAUGGACAAGAACAUCAAUGAGGAGAGUUUUAUGAUGGAUGCUGAUGAUGAAACUGUAACUGUUGAUUUGAAUUUAGGGCUUCCUACACCAGAUGCAGCUGAUCUGAUCUCAGGGCUUUCCUCUUCUUCAAGUACCAACAAGGAUCAAGAAGUUACUGUGGCUAAUGGAUAUUGCACUAGCCCUAUCAACAAGGGUCAGUAUUGGAUCCCAACCCCUGCCCAGAUUUUGAUUGGUCCAACUCAGUUUUCAUGCCCUCUUUGCUACAAGACCUUCAAUAGAUACAAUAACAUGCAGAUGCACAUGUGGGGACAUGGAUCUCAGUAUAGAAAAGGACCAGAAUCUCUAAGGGGUAUACAGCCAACAGCCAUGCUUAAGCUCCCUUGCUAUUGCUGUGCACCAGAUUGCAGGAACAACAUUGAUCACCCAAGAGCAAAACCCCUCAAAGAUUUCAGAACCCUUCAAACUCACUACAAAAGAAAACAUGGGAUUAAGGCAUUUAUGUGCAGGAAAUGCGGAAAAGCCUUUGCUGUGAGAGGUGAUUGGAGAACCCAUGAGAAGAAUUGUGGAAAAUUAUGGUAUUGCACUUGUGGCUCUGAUUUUAAACAUAAAAGGUCUCUUAAGGAUCAUAUCAAGGCAUUUGGCAAUGGCCAUGCAGCUUAUGGUUUUGAUUGCUUUGAAGAAGAGGAUGAACCAGCAUCUGAUAUUGAGCAAGACAAUGAGUCCUCUCAGUAAUUUGUAUGGAGGGAAAAAAAAAGAAGUAAUGAUUAUUAUUUGGUCAUUUAAACGUGGUUGAGUUCUAGGUCUAAGUUGAAUGGUGCAUGAGAAUCAGUUGAAAAGCAUAUUUCUUAAUUUUCUUUGUGAGAAAUUUCUUAUGUUGGUGUUAUCAACUGAUGAACAAGCGGUUUGUUAAGAACACUUUGCCUUUUAACACUUGUGUCACUGUUUAUUUUCCAUUUCCUAAUCCUAA